AUGGUGGCACCUCCCAUGGUGGUGGCACCUCCCACAUGGACGUCUCCAGCAGUGACACCUGCAAUGGUGACAUCUGCCACUGUGGUGGCACCUCCCGUGGUGGUGGCAUCUCCAACGGUGGCAUCUCCAACAGGGACAUUUCUUGUGGUGGUGGCACCUCCCACAGUGGUGGCACCUCCCAUGAUGGUGGCAUCUCCAACAGGGGACAUCUCUGACAGUGGUGGCACCUCCCACAGUGGUGGCACCUCCCAUGGUGAUGUCUCCCAUGAUGGUGGCAUCUCCAACAGGGACAUCUCCCAUGAUGGUGACACCCCCCACGAUGGUGACACCUCCCAUGGUGGUGGCAUCUCCCAUGGCUUUGCCACCUCCCACAAUGACAUUUCUGAGGACUUGGGCACUUGCCAUGGCUUUGCCAUCUCCCAUGGUGGUGACACCUCCAACAGUGACACCUCCCAUGGUGGUGACACCUCCCAUGCUGGUGUCACCUCCCAUGGCUUUGACACCUCCCAUGGUGGUGGCACCUCCCAUGGCUUUGACACCUCCCAUGAUGGUGACACCUCCAACAGUGACAUCUCCCAUGGCUUUGACACGUCCCACAAUGGUGUCACCUCCCAUGACAGUGACACCUACCAUGAUGACACCUCCAACAGUGACAUCUCCUGUGAUGGUGCCACCUCCCACAGUGACACCUCCCACGGCUUUGACGCCUCCCAUGAUGGUGGCAUCUCCCAUGGCUUUGACACCUCUCAAGAUGGUGACACCUCCCAUGCUGGUGGCAUCUCCCACAGCUUUGCCACCUCCCAUGGUGGUGGCAUCUCCCACAGCUUUGCCACCUCCCAUGCUGGUGGCAUCUCCCACAGCUUUGCCACCUCCCAUGGUGGUGGCAUCUCCCACGGCUUUGCCACCUCCCCUGCUGGCGCCACCUCCUGUGGCUUCCCCCUCUCCCCCAUCUUCCCCCCCUCCACCCACCCCUUCCUCCUCCUCCUCCUCCUCCUCCUCCUCGUUGUCCCCGUCCCCUCCUUGGCCGCCACCUUCAAGGUCGGCGUCCUCGGUCCCUGGAGCUGCGACCCCGUCCUGGCCCGGGCCCUGCCGGACGUGGCCUCGCGUUUGGCCGUGGCGCGGCUCAACCGCGACCCCGCGCUGACCGCCGGCUACUGGUGGGACUCCGUGGUGAUGUCCGAGCCCUGCUCCACGCCCCAGGCCGUGGCCGGAGUGGUCAGCGCCGAGCGUUACGCCAGCGCCAUCGUGGGUCCUCUCAACCCGGCCGCCUGCGGCGCCGCCGGACUCUUGGCCGCCGCUUGGAACAAACCUUUGGUGUCCUGGACGUGCGGGGCGGCCGGAGCGGCCGGAGGAGCCGCGGUCACUCUGCUGCGGCCGCUGCCCGCUCCGGCUGCCGUGCUGCACGCGGUGCUGCGCUACUUCCGCUGGGCACACGUGGCCGUGGUGGCCGCGCCGCAGGACCUGUGGGUGGACACGGGGCAGGAGGUGGCCAAGGAGUUGAGGGCCAAAGGGCUGCCGGUCACUGUGGUCACUGUGGCCGGAGAGGAGGAGGAGGAGGCGGAGGAGGCGCUGAGGAGGGUCCAGAGGGCGGACGGGGUCAGAGUGGUGCUCAUGUGCAUGCACUCGGUGCUCCUGGGCGGCCGCGAGCAGAGGGUGCUCCUGGAGAAGGCCGAGGACCUGGGCAUGACCGACGGCACCUUCGUCUUCAUCCCGUACGACGCGCUGACCUUCGCGCUGCCCUACCGCCGCGUGCCCUACCCCGUGCUGGCCAACAACACCAAGCUGCGCCUGGCCUACGACGCCGUGCUCACCGUCACCAUCGACUCGCCCGACGCCUCCUUCCACGAGGCCCUGGACGAGGCCAAGAAGGCCUACGAGGUCCCCGCCGACCUCGACCCCGCUGAGGUCCACCCUCUCUUCUCCACCAUCUACAACUCCAUCUACUUCCUGGCCACGGCGGUGGAGGCCGCGCGCCGCAGCGGCCGCUGGGUGAUGGGCACCAGCGUGGCCGACCACGCCCGCGACUUCCAGCUCCAGGGCUUCUGCCAGACCUUCACCGUGGACCAGGACGGCGCCGUCUCGGUGCCCUACGUGGUGCUGGACACGGACGGCAAGGGCCACCACCUGUGGGCGGUCUACGGGCUGGAGCCGGGCACGCGCGGCCUCAGCUACCGCAGCCACAGCCCCCACUGGCCCCACAGCUCCAGCCCGGCCACCGACGCCGGCUGCUGGUUCGACUCCGGCGCCAUCUGCAACGGAGGGAUGGACGCCGGCUUCGUCUUCUUCCUCUUCCUCCUCAUCGCCGCCCUCGGCGCGGCCGGCGCCGCCCUGGCCUGCCACAUCAGGCGCCGCAUUCUGCAGGCUCAGCUCAUGAAGGGCCCCAACAAAAUCAUCCUGACCAUGGAGGACCUGACCUUCAUCAACACCCAGAGCAGCAAACAGGUGGACAGCAGCCAGGCCAGCCUGGCCGGCCAGAGCGGGGGAGGGGACACCAAGAGCGGCCCCGGCAGCGCCACCCCCGGCCCCGACACCACCAACGUGGCCGUGGCCGAGGAUAACGCAGCAGCGAAGGGCAGCAGCAACCUCCCCCUGCUGCUGCUGCUCUUUAACCAGCAGGGCCUUGUCGCCUCCGUGCAGGGUGACUGGGUGUGGCUGAAGAAGUUCCCGGGUGACCAACACACGGAGGUGAAACCGGCCACCAAGCUGACCUUCUGCAAGCUGCGGGACCUGCGUCACGAGAACGUGAACCUGUUCCUGGGCUUCUUCCACGACUGCGGCAUCUUCGCCAUCGUGUCGGAGCACUGCUCGCGCGGCAGCCUCGAGGACCUGCUGCGCAACGAGGACAUGAAGCUCGACUGGAUGUUCAAAUCCUCGCUGCUCAUCGACCUCAUCAAGGGCGUGCGGUACCUGCACCACCGGGACGUGGUGCACGGGCGGCUCAAGUCGCGGAACUGCGUCGUGGACGGGCGCUUCGUGCUCAAGGUCACCGACCACGGCUACAACCAACUGCUGGAGGCGCAGCGCGUGCCGGCCCCGCCCCCGCAGCCUCACGAGCGGCUGUGGACGGCGCCGGAGCUGCUGCGGGACGAGGCCCUGGAGCGCCGGGGCUCCUUCCGGGGCGACGUCUACGGCAUCGGCAUCAUCAUGCAGGAGGUGAUCUGCAGGAGCCCGCCCUACUGCAUGCUGGGGCUGCCCCCCGAAGAGAUCAUCGAGAAGGUCCAGCGGCCGCCCCCCCUGUGCCGCCCCGCGGUCUCGGCCGACCAGGCCCCGCUGGAGUGCAUCCACCUGAUGAAGGAGUGCUGGAGCGAGCAGCCCGAGAAGAGACCCACCAUCGACCAGGUGUUCGACCAGUUCAAGGGCAUCAACAAGGGCCGCAAGACCAACAUCAUCGACUCGAUGCUGCGCAUGCUGGAGCAGUACAGCAGCAACCUGGAGGACCUGAUCCGCGAGAGGACCGAGGAGCUCGAGAUCGAGAAGCAGAAGACCGACAAGCUCCUGACCCAGAUGCUGCCGCCGUCGGUGGCCGAGGCGCUGAAGAUGGGGACGCCGGUGGAGCCCGAGUACUUCGAGGAGGUGACGCUGUACUUCAGCGACAUCGUGGGCUUCACCACCAUCUCGGCCAUGAGCGAGCCCAUCGAGGUGGUGGACCUGCUCAACGACCUCUACACCCUCUUCGACGCCAUCAUCGGCUCCCACGACGUCUACAAGGUGGAGACCAUCGGCGACGCCUACAUGGUGGCCUCGGGGCUGCCCAAGCGCAACGGGAACCGGCACGCCGGCGAGAUCGCCAACAUGUCCCUGGACAUCCUCAGCUCCGUCGGCACCUUCAAGAUGCGCCACAUGCCCGAGGUGCCCGUGCGCAUCCGCAUCGGGCUGCACUCGGGGCCGUGCGUGGCGGGUGUGGUGGGGCUGACGAUGCCCCGGUACUGCCUGUUCGGGGACACCGUCAACACCGCGUCACGCAUGGAGUCCACCGGGCUGCCCUAUCGCAUCCACGUGAACCAGCGCACGGUCGCCAUCCUGCUCUCGCUGCAGGAGGGGUUCAAGGUCGACAUCCGCGGCAAGACCGAGCUCAAGGGGAAGGGAGUGGAGGACACCUAUUGGCUCGUGGGCCGCGAGGGAUUCACCAAACCCAUCCCCACCCCCCCCGACCUCCUGCCGGGGGCGAGCAACCACGGGAUCAGCCUGGACGAGAUCCCGGCCGAGCGGCGCCGGAAGCUGGAGAAGGCGCGGCCGGGCCAGGUGCUGAAAUAG